AUGGCUAACCGCCUGUUUGCGUCCAUGGUAGCCGUGCUUCUGGCAAUCAUUGCAAUCUAUUACCAGGAGCUUUUAGAUACAUUUUAUCUAACUCCCAACUUAAAGGUAGUGGACUCUACGCGAGAUAUCACUUACCUUGGCAGUCUAUCCCUUGCUGGAAUUGAACAUUUUCAGAACAUUUUCUACGCAGAGGCACCCACGGGCCCACGACGUUUCGCAGCGCCGGUUCGAACAAGACCAGUGAAAGGGUCUGUUAUUGACGCCACCCGGCCCGGUGCCUGGUGUCCGCAAGGAACGGGGGAUGUACUUCCCUUCACGAGUAGUGUGACCAACAUUAGCGAAAACUGUUUGAGCUUGAGAAUUGCGAGACCGCCAGGAACGCAAAAAGAUGCUAAGCUUCCAGUUGCGGUUUGGAUCCAUGGAGGUGGCCAUGCUUUGGGCUCAGCUUCUGAUAUUCUUUACGAGCCUGACGGUUUGGUAAAAUUGGCUGCUGCUGAUGGGCUGCCACUAGUAUAUGUCGGCAUAAAUUAUCGCUUGGGCUUAUUUGGCUUCGCAACUAGUGAAGCAUUGAUUGAGAGGAGAGAGACAAAUGCAGGGCUGCGGGAUCAGCGUGCUGCUUUAGAGUGGGUUCGCGACAACAUUGAGACAUUCGGCGGUGACCCCAACAGAGUGACUGUCAUCGGACAAAGUGUGGGGGCUAGUGAUAUUGGGCUGCAGCUAACGGCCUUUGGUGGUGAGCAAGAUGUCCCAUUUCAGCAAGCAGUAAUGAUGUCAGGCGGUCCAGGACUGAACUUCAACAGCCAGCCAGACCUGGUGGCAAGUAACACGGCUGCUAUUUCACAACAAGUAGGAUGUGGUGGUGGCAAAGAUUUGCAAACACUAGAGUGCCUUCGGGGUAUUCCAUUCGAACAACUAACCAACCUAUCGGUUACUGCAUCUCGGACAGCCCGUCCGCCUUUCGGCGAAGCAUACUUUUACCCAACGAUCGACUAUGACUUCAUUCAAGACAGACCGUCGCAGUUGACGCGCGCAGGAAAGUUCACCAAAGGAAUACCAAUCAUAGCUUCCUGGGUCACAAAUGACGGCGCUUGGUACGCACUGCCGACCACUGCGACAGACUACGAAGUUCUAGGGAGUUUCGGACUAUGGCUGCACAAAGUUUCUGAAUCCACGAAAGAGAAGCUCCUACACCUGUAUCCUCUGGAUGACUUCGUACACAUGAUCAAGUCAGAGCAUGAGGGCCUAAUUUCACCGCAGUACUAUCGUGCUGCACAGAUAAAUCGUGACAUCUGGUUCACUUGCCCUGUUCUUGAUUUUACGUGGCAAUACGUCAAAAAUGGGGGUGUAGGAGCCUCCCAGGUACGGCUGUAUGAAUUCAACGAAACCAGAUACACCCCAGUCUUUGAUUCCAUGGGUGUGUCGAUGUGGGGUGUCGCUCAUCUCAGUGAUAUCCCCUACCUAUUCUACAAUGACCACUUAAGGGCUGGUGCAGACAAUUCUGACCCCCAGCUUGCGCUGGCCCGAGACUUCAGCCGGAAAAUUAUUCAGUUCGUGCAUGGCAUUCCUAAAGGGGCGGACGAUCGACUCCAGUCAUGGCCGCCUGCCUUCUCGAAUCAUUUUUCAAAAUCUUCAACAGGCGAGGUGCCCAGUCAUAUCUCAGUGCGGCUGUUUGGUGGCCCUCAUGGUUCAGAAUCCACUACAUGUAGCGACAGCACCACUGAAGCUGACAUGGAAGUCAUGACAGAUGCUGAAAAAGCGCUUCAUUGGGAAAAGUUGUUCAGUCGCUGUGCAUUUCUCAAUGGGCAGCAAUUUAGAGAGGAAGCAGGGGUGUGA